UAUUUUUUGAUAUAUACCUAUAUAUAAAUAUAACUAUUCUUUAUUUCCCAAAAUUUGGGAAAUUUAUAUCAAGGAAUAUAAGAGAUACCAGUACUCCAAAGUUGCCUUUUUUUUCAGUUUUUAAAUUUAUGUAAUUUUUUGCACCAACUUCUUUUUCACGAAGAGUAGUACCUAUUUUAAUUUUUUUCUGGAAAAACAAAAUUUUUUUAAUAAAUAAUAUGCUAUAGAGCUUUCAAAAUUUUGUUUUGUCUUUUAGUAGAGUUAAUAUUUUAAUGUUCUUUCUCUAGAGCUACAGUUUUAGCUCCAUUAAUCUUCGCCUAGUCAUUACACUUAUCUGCAAGGAAAUCUUCCUUUUAAUAAAACUAUACCUACUAUUUUUAUAAGGAUGGGAAAAACUGGCCGGUUUGAACCGGUUUUAGUUGUUUUGCUUCGAUCAACCGUUUUUUUUUUCUUUUUUUUUUGUCCUUCCGCUUUAAACCGGUUCUUGGAAAAAAACCGAAAAAACCGACUGAAAAAAAACCUCGAACGAAAAACAAAACCGAGCGAGACAAAAAACUGAAAGCCCUCAAAACUUUCAUUCCCUCUCUCAACAAUUAUAAAUUUUCAUUUAUAUUCAGCUCAAAAACUUCUUAAAACUCCUACUAAGGAUGAGUUUAGAAACAAACAAAAUCAAACUAAAAAAAGGCUUAGCUUUGUUAGAUUUUGAUUUUAUAUAAGUUAUACCAAUACAAUCAUGCAAUUACUACUAUAAAAAAAAAGCAAAUAAAAACUAUCCUCUUAGUCUUUUUGGCAAAACUUAAAAGGUAACAUCGGUCUUUUAUUUAAUAUAUAUUUGGUUUGUUCCAACAGUGGUUAUGAGCCCAGUUUUUUUUUAAAGAAAGGAGUCAUUUAUUUAACCAUAAAGAUGAGUUCCGGCGGCUUUUAUCAAAUAGAUAAACUAGAUGAUACCAACUAUGAUGUAUUGAAAAUCCUUAUGAAAUCCGUGCUUGUGAAGUGUGGCUUAUGGGAUUAUGUUUUCGGUAAGACACCACAACCUACAACUGCACCUGAGACGGAAACAUGGAAAUCUAAAGAUGAAAGAGCGCUAGCGACACUCUUGUUAUCUGUGAAACCAUGUCAGCUGCUACACAUUAAAAAACGCAUUUUUUGCAAACAAACAACGGUCAAACAACGAAAGAAAUCAACCGCAAUACCAAUCUUACAAGAAAAAACCGAAAAGCAAAUGCUAUAAAUGCCAAAAUAGUCCAGUCAAAACGUCGGAAAAAAGGGCCUAACCUUGCGCAGAGAGGCAUUGUCAGUUUUUAUUUCAUGGAUCGAUAGGGGUAUAUUUAAAAGGCUUAAAACCAAUUUCUCACCACCUGAUCAUCCUUUUUAGCGGAGUUAUUCACAAAAAUGCAUUUUUUGGGAUAUUUUACUUCUAAGCUAAUAUCUUUGCUCCAGAUUGUCGUAGACCAAAAAUUAAACAUACAUUCUCUUCCUUAUAAUAUUUUCUAUCGUUGUAUGUAAUUUCAUUUUAUUUGAGUGAGUCAUUUGAGUGAGUUAUUUGAGUACAAAAUGGCAGCCAUUUAAAGUCAAAUUCUUGUUGUUAAAAAACACAUUUUUGUCAUUAUUUCGAAAAAAGCUUAUAUCAUGAUUGACAUUUUUCUAACCUAUUUUGUAGCCCUAUUCAUGGCCUGCAUUUAAAAAAAAACCAGCUCUUUAUCACCAAAGAUGGCCGAGCAAUUGAUAAAUGAACGCAUGCAAAACCGGUGCGAAAACGCCCAAAAAUAUCGUUUUUUGGGAAUAACUUGGCGUCAGAAUGUCCUACGACAAAAAAUAAAGCUUUUAAUUGUUCGUUACAACAUUUUAUAUCGAUUAAGUGCACAUUAUUUUUGUUGAAACAAAUAAAAAUAAGUAAUAUUAAGUCAAAGACGUUUUCUUUGUUUAGCAAACUCUUGCCUUAUUAUUUUGAAAACGGUGUAAGUAUUGGCUAACAAAAUAAAAUACUAUGGUAGUCUUUUAAAUUAUCUACAAUUUAAAAAAAAAUUAGCUCUCUACGACCCACGGGAGCCGAGUUAUUAUAAUUCUAAGAAAGCAUCAUUCCGUAAGAUAAUUUUAAAAAAAUUUCCCUUGUUUAUAAGUCGAAUAAUAGUUCUCAGUGAGAGGGGUUGUUUCCAUUAAGUCUGUUCACUGACGCUGUGCUGGACUGUUCUAGGCAAAACAGUACAGCUUUUUGCUGUUCACUGACUUUUUUUCUGUGCUAAACUGUUCUAGUUUGCUGUUCAUUGACAAAUCUAGAACAGUUUAGAACAGGAUUUUCUGUUCUUGUUUUUGAGUCAGAUCAGGUUCGUGAGAAGUGUCAAAAUCAAAGCUGUCAUUUUUUGUUUUUGUUUUGAUUUAAUUUUGCGAAUAUAUCUCGGGUGCUCGUGGUUUUUUAUAACUAAAAACAAUUUUUAAUUAUAUUUUUCGCAGUAAAACUACAAUAAAAUAGAAAAAAUAAACGAGAAACGAUAAACAAAAAAUUCAUAUAUGACAACUGACGCUUAAAUGACGGUUCUAACUUAUUCUGGCGUUUACCUCACGAAACUGUGCUGUCCUGUCCUGUUCUGAUCUAGAAAAAUCCUCGUUGAACAUACUUAUUGUUUCUUGUUACAAGAGGAUGUGUUGUGACAAAUUUGUGUUCACUCAUUUGAAAGAGCAUCGAGAAGACAUCGAGUUAGCGGGAAACAAAUACAUUUCUUCUGAAGGUAUGGGUGAAGUUCUUGCAGAAUGUACUUUAUGUUCCCGACCUCAAAGCAAAUUUUUUGUCCGUUACUAAAAUAACUGAGAGCAAUUGCAAAGUGGAUUUCAAUAAAGACAAUGCACUUGUAAGAUCGAUGAGUGAUGUGAAAGGCAUGCAAUUAUUUAUUUAUAAAAUGAUGAAAAAUAAUUUGUUUUUAGCGGCUUCAAAUGACAAUAUUGUAGAAUGGCAUCGCCGCUAUGGUCAUUUAAAUAUCAGGAGUCUAGAGUUGUUGUGUGCAAAAGAUAUGGUACGUGGAAUGGAUGUGAAAAAGGUGAAAGAUUUUGAUUGCUAUGUGUGUCUGAAGGGCAAAAUAAGUGCUCUACCAUUUCCUAAAUGUGUUGGCAAAUCGACCACGAAAGUUUUAGAAAUUGUUCAUAGUGAUGUCUAUGGACCCAAGAAGACUUCCUCCCUUAGUGGCGUGAAACUCUUUGUCACAUUUGUCGACGAUCUAAUUCGAAAGAUAUUCGUAUAUUUUAUGAAAAACAAAAGCGAUGUUUUUAUAUAAACACCUUAAAAUGUUCUUUUUAGAACCCUUGAAAUAACACAAGUAUUUCUACAAGGUUUUUGGUGACUAAACUAUACUUUUUCAAAGGGUUGCUGAACUCGAAUCCCAAGACAGAAAUAUUCAUUCACAUCUCGCUUUUGAAAUAUUACCGUUAAAUCUAUUUAAAUCUUUCCGACAUCAUUUCUACUGUCCGAUAUAUCUUUAAUUGCUUGUAACCCACUUUUGUUCUAUGUUAAGCUUAAAUCCAGUAUAUAAACGAAAAUAUAUGAGUCCUAUUAUUCGGAGAGUGUAGUACCAAUGUAAAACAUUUCGUUAUAUUUUUAGCUUUCUAUUUUAAAAUUGUUUCAAAUUAGAAAAUUAAACAACUUAAGUAUAUAGUUCAAUUUCAAAGUGAAGUACUUAGCUCAUGCCAAACAACUUGGAUUAUUUAAUUUUUUUAUUUUUUAGUAUUCCCGAUUUAAUUUAGGCCGUGUGUGAAUUGCGUUAAAUAUUUAACCCCGUGUAAAAUUUUUGACACUAUUGGGGUUAGUAGCUGUGUGGAUUAUUGUUUAAAAUCUUUUCUGCCUUCAUGAUACUCCUUUUAAUUAAAAAAAAAAAAAAAAACAAAAAACAAAACCAUCUGCAAAAAAAAAUUUAACUCAAAUUUAACCAGGUUCCAGAGCCCAAUAAAUUUUUAACAGCUGAAAAUUUUUUAUUCACCUCAAAAAUUCAAAAUGUCAAAAAUUUUAUUCACCUCAAAAAUUCAAAAUGUCAAACAUUUUUACACGGGGUUAACUAUUUAACGCAAUUCACACACGGCCUUAGAACUUAAUUGAUAUAAUAAAAUAUCAAUUUUUUGCUACAAAAUUUCAUUGUGAGAAAAAUCUCAUUUUCAAUGUUUUUAUAUAUAAAAUUGUACGAACAAUUUUUUUUAUAAGGCCUAAGAAUGGUUCAAAUUUAUUUCUUUAAGGGCCAAUUUUUCAAUAGUCUGUUAAACAGUCAGUUAGUACUUAUUCCUAAGGAUAGAGGAAAAAUCAAUUUUUUAACAAGCAGAUAUAGCUUAUUCCUAAGAAUAAAACUAUCUGCUUCUUUCAAAGACGAAUAAAAAUUAUUCUAAGGAAUAAUCUCAACAAAAAUAUUGUGUCAGUUUUCAAAGCUGUUUUGAAAAAAAUACAGUGGAACACAAGAAAACAAAAACAAUCACGAACAAAAAUGACGUUUAAUUUUAAAUAUUUUUGAAUUUGACAAUUUUUUUUUUUGUUAUCCUGUAGAAUAAAUUAUUGCUGAUUGAAAAAUUCAAUGUUUUUAUCUGAUUGCUUAUGAGCCUAAUAACUUUAUUCGUCGAACAGUUAACUGACUGUUUAUUAGAAGAUUGAAAAAUUGGCUCUAAAAAAUUUUAUAGAAAACAAAUUAUCACUCUGCACCAAUUUAAGGGGUUAUAUCUAGUUGUAAGUCAAAAAAAAAACCUUCUUUUUUGUGGAUUUUUUGUGAAGAGGCAUUUAAUUAUAUAAACAUAAAGAUAACAUAUCCAUAUAGCAAAUUUAAUGUAUUAAAAUAAUUCGCUGUGGAUUUAAAAAAAUAUUGGGUUCCGUUAUUUUUGUAGUAGAUCUCCUAGACGACCUCCAAAAAAAAGGUGUCUGGCGGUGAGCAAAAUUUCUCCGAAACGGCUGGAGUAAUCGGCUUGAAAUUUUUACACAAUUUUCUUAGAUACUUUUGUCAGGUAAUGAACGAAGGAAAAAGGUUUUUGACAAUAAUUCGAUUUUAGCCACUUUAAAGUGUAAAUUUUCGUGAAAAACAACGAUUUUUUUCUUUGGGAAGCCGCCAUUUUGUCAAAAAUCAAAAUUUUGACUAUUCCUUCGUUCAUUACCUGCAUUGGUCUAUCCUGAAAAUGAAUCUUUUGGUUUUUCCGCCAGACACCUUUUUUUGGAGGUCGUCUAGGAGAUCUACUACAAAAAUUACGGAACCCAAUAUUUUUUUAAAUCCACAGCGAAUUAUUUUAAUACAUUAAAUUUGCUAUAUGGAUAUGUUAUCUUUAUGUUUAUAUAAUUGAAUUCCUCUUCACAAAAAAUCCACAAAAAAGAAGGUUUUUUUGAACUUACAACUAGAUAUAACCCCUUAAACAAGAGAUGCCGCCGAAUAUUCGCCCAAUUGAUAUUCAGUACAUUUUUAAAUUCUUCUACGGCAAGCAGAGCUAUUUUAAACUUUUAACUACGAAUUUAUCUCCAAAAAAUACUUAAAAAGGAUAUUGGCAAGUUUUUCGCUUCGUUACAGUUCUAAUGAUCAUUUACUUUAGCGGAAUUAAGAAUCGACUACAGUUACAUCUAGUUGAUACAAAAGUUUUGUGAUUCCUGCAAAAAAUUUUUGUUCGGUCUAAGGUAAAAUAUGACCACCUAAAAACUAACAGAUUGCCAUAUUGUUUUACUGCUCAUACACUGAGCCAAAAAACAACGUAAAAUCAAUGGAAACCACUUUGAAUCAAUUGAAAAUCACUUCAGCCUAAAGUGGAAAAUGAUUGAAUCAAAGUAGCACACUUUAAAUCUAAGUUGUUGACACAUUAAAAAAAUAAAAACAAGUAAAACUGGCAUCCGCUGGGGAUCGACCCUGCUAUACCUGGGUUGACAAGCUUGUGCUUUACCACUGUGCCAUCUCACGUAUAAAAAUUGGUGUGACAAACUUUAACUUAAGCAUAGGACGAUUUUUAGAAAAAUAAUGAAUAUAUUUUUCACCAUUGAUUCAAUGUAGACCGUAUUAAAAAUUACUAUGCGUUUUUUCUCUGGGUGUAUGUUUCAUAAGGAAAUAUUACUAAAAGCAACGGUUAAUAAGGUUUUUUUUAUAAGGAUUUCUUAUUAUUUUUAUAGAGAAAAUCUUAUUAAAAUUUGAGUGAAAAGUUAAUUUUUUUUGCAACUUGGCACUAGAACAAAAAUCGCGAUCAAUAUUUUCAUAGCAGGUUGGUUCAGGUGGUAAGGUGUGCGACUAAUGAUUUGAAGUCUCCAGUUCGAUUCUCGGCCUGGUCGUGUUUUUUUUUUUUUUUCUUUUCAAAACCCUACAAGUGCAGAUUUUAAAACAAUAAGGAAAACCCGAUUGUUUUAAUAAGGUUUCUUUCUUGGAUGAAAACCAUAGAGAUAUCUUAUUGUUUUUGUUCUAUUUUAUGUUGUGGUCUAGUUUUCUCUGUGUAAUGAUGCGGUUGGAACCCUUCCAGAAAAUGAUGAUGAUAGUUCGAAAUCUGCCAGAAAGUUGCGCGUCCGAAAACUCAGUAAAUAAUACAAAUUUUUUGAAAAGUGUCCAUAAGAAAGGCCAAAAAAUACGACGAGCGUUGAUGAAGCCUUUCAAAGCCCUGAUGCAGACAAAUGGAAAGCAGCAAUGGUGUCUGAGUUCGACUCACUGAUGAAGUAUGAGACAUGGGAGUUGGUGGAUGUACCUGCAAAUCGUAGACCGUAGAAAUGGGGUUGCAGUCCGCCAUAAAGCGCGCUUGGUUGCUAAGGGAUGCAGUCAGAGAUACGGCGCACGGUUGUCCUAAAUGACUUAUCUCGUUGCAAAAAUCAUAACUUUUGAACGGUGAAAAUUGUUUUACAGGGUGUUUAGGAAUCAUCGACCGAAAACAGAUUUUCUUAAAACUUCAUGAUCAUCGUAAUAUCAUGGAAAAAUGUUAUCUCAACUUUUUUUAGAUGUGGAUUAGUGAUUUCUAAUUUCUACAAAAUGGCAUACCAAUUUUAAUUCAAAUAUUUUUUUUAACAAAAUCUGUUUUCGGCCCAUGAUUCCUCUUUUCGAUCGCUCUCCCUGUGCGGACGUGUUAUUUGCCUUCUCUCUAAAAUGUCUAACAACAAGUGCUUUAAAUGCGGAAAUCCUUUCCUAAAAGAUGCUAAAUUAAUAAAGUGUAGUUUGUUUUGUGGAAAAUUGUUUCAUAGACUAUGCUUGAAUUUGCAUGAUGAAGUUUUAAAUGCAAUUGUUAAUGACAAUCCAAAUGUGUCUUAUCGGUGCAAUGACUGUGUUAAAUUUCCAAUUAUCACCGAUCUUAUAACAAAAGUCAAUGACCUAUUACCUAUCGUUAGUGCUGUAUGUAAGAAAGUUGAAAAAAUGGACAAAAAAUUACAAGGCAUGAGUGAUAGUAUAGAGAAUUUUACUGCUAAAACAAAAACAAUGAAACUCUGCAUGCCCAAACCCAAACUGAUGCUCUCAAUUCUUUUGCUACUGGUGGUGCAAAUCAUGUGCAUGAUGUUGAUACACAACUUGUGCAUGAUGAUGGUGUGUCUGGAUCAAUAUCGACGAAUGAAGAGAGUGUGAUGGGAAAUAGAAAUAUUAAUUCUCCUUCCACCUCUACUUCUGCUCCCAAAGUUAAAGUCACUGUCAACGAAAGUCAUAUAAAGGUGAUUGAUGGUACGUCAGAGGUUAAAAUGUUGAAUGCUGGUCUUGCUGCUGCUGCUGUUGUUGGUGCUACUCCUACACCUAUUGUUGUUGUUGAUGAUGAGGGUAAUAUAAAUCAAAAUAUCGUGAGUAAAAAUUCUAUGCGUGUUGUUGGUAUGGAUAACACAAACAAUUCUAAUGAUGAAAUUGGUGUUAUUGCGCGCUAUAAAUGGUUACAUCUAUCAAAAUUCACAACAUCUACGACUGAGGACUCAAUAAAAAAAUAUGUUGCGUCUAAAUUAAAAUGUAAAAAUGAAGAUAUUUUAUGCUUUAAGCUGAUUAAAAAAGAUGCUGACAUUACGAAUCUUAAAUACGUAAAUUUUAAAAUUGGGUUUUCUUCGGAAUUGUAUGAUCUUGCUCUAAAUCCGUUAAACUGGCCUAAGAAUGUGCUGGUGAGAAAAUUCAAAGAAACUCCAAAAAACGAUCAGAUGUAAAUGCAAUAAAUUCUAAACCAAAUGAUCCAUCAAAAAUUUGUCAACAACCUUCAAAUAAUGUAUCUGCAAUAAAAAAUUAUUACCAAAAUGCUGGUGGGGUUCGAACCAAAACAAAUCAAUUAUUUUAAUUAAGUAUUUUCCGGACUUACCGCGACAAUUAAACUUUAAAUCAUAUAAAAAUAUAUGACACGGCUCGACGUUUCGAUAAGGUUGCACUUAUCGUGGUCACGAGAUGACUGAUGGUUUGUGGGUGGAUGUUGUUGUUGUUUUUUAAGCUUUUUCUAUUUUAUUUUCUUCUUACACGAAGAUUGUACCGGUUGGUAUUUUGUGUUGAUGUUGUUGGUGCUUGCAGUUCCGAUGAUGGUUCUUGUUAGGACUGCAUUAAUUGUUGUUGUUGUGAGUAAGCUUCUGUGCAAGCAAAGCUAAUCACAUCAGAUGGUGCAUUGUUUUGAUUUUUGCUUUUCUGUUGUUGUUUUUUCUUUUUUAGUUCGUUGAUAAGUGGAUCCCAUGCUCCGGACAAAUUAAAACUUUGGUCUCUGUUGAAAUUGUUGCACUUUUUAAUUUCAAUUGCCUCUCGAACCAAUCUAGGCACAUAAAACCUUUCCGUUGAAAUGGAUUUUGCUUUGUCAAAUCUUAUGAAGUGAUCAGUAUUGUACGCUAAAUGUUCACAAAUGGCAGAUUUUGUUACUUCAUUCUUCUGAAUUGCUUUUAUAUGUUCAUUUAAGCGUGUCGAUAUGGAACGUUUGGUCUCUCCAAUAUAUUCCGAGCCGCAGCUACAAGGAACAGAGUAUACUCCUGGGUUUUGUAGGGGUACUUUAUCUUUUGGUGACCUUAAGAUUUGUCGUAUUUUUGCUGGUGGUUUGAAAAUCGACUUUAUCCCAUAAAUAGACAAGAUCCUUCCAAUCCCUUCAGAGACGCCUUUUCUAUAUGGAAGAAAGGCCCGUUUUUCAUUUUCAUUGUGGAUAUCUUGAGUGGGUUUUCACAGCCGUAUUUAGGGGGGGGGGGGGUUUUGGGUGUUUAACCCCCCCCCGAAAUUUUUUUUUCAGAAAAUCAAAAGAUACCUAUAUUAUAAACAUAUACAAGUCUAAUAUAUGCAGCACUAAAUGAUUUGUUUUUGUAUUUUAGUGAUUUGAUUACCUAUAUGAAAAUCUCCCUUAAAAUCACUACCAAUUUUGCAUCAUUACAGAAGCUGUCGAUGAAGUUUGUAUAAAGGAAAACAAAAAUUGUUUGGUCCAUUACAAAGAGUUUUUAUCUCUUUGACCAUUUCCUUAAGCACUAUGUUAACACCUUAAAAUGCUCUUUUAAGAACCCUUUAAAUACCACAAGUACUUAUACAGGGUUUUUGGCGCCGGGACUAAAAUAUGCUUUUUCAAAGGGUUUCGGUGGCCGAACUCGAAUCCAAAGACGGACUUAUUCGAUCACAUCUCGUUUUUGAAAUAUUACCCUUAAAUCUAUUUAAAUCUUUCAGACAUCUUUUCUACUGUCCGAGAUAUCUUCAGUUGCUUAUUACCCACUUUUGUUCUAUGUUAACCUUAAAUCCAGUAUGAGAGACUGUAGUACCUACCAACGCUAGGAAAUAACCUCGAAAACUGGCAAAAAGCGGGAUUUUCGAUUUUCUAACGGGAAUAUCUCAAAAACGCGAUGUGAUAGAAUUUUUCUGAGUUCGGAUUCGGCACUGGUCAACAAGGUUUUUGUUACAGAAACCAGGGUAUACUUUUCUAUAGGCUGAGCUCGAAACCGAAAUCAGAAAAUUCGAUCACAUCACGUUUUUGAGAUAUUCCCGUUAGAAAAUCGAAAAUGCCACUUUUUACCAGUUUUCAGGGUUAUUUUUUAGCGUUUACUUAUUUUUUUUUUAAAUUGAAUUUGUAACAGUUUCUAAAAGAAUUAAGUUUUGUCUCUCUAAAUCCGUUUAAAUCUUUUAAAUAUCUAUUUUCUUCCUCGAGAAAUCAUAACUUGAAAUCAAAGUGUUUGGGGCAUCUCAUAUUUAUUUGCUUUUAAUAGCAAAUAUCGAAAAGUUCUGUACCAAUCGCUUUCAAAUUUUGACACAAUUCUUUUAGAAAAUGUUACAAAUUUAAUUUAAAAAAAAAUAAGUAAACACUAAAAAAUAACUUUGAAAACUGGUAAAAAUCGGCAUUUUGAUUUUCUAACGGGAAUAUCUCCAAAACGUGAUGUGAUAGAAUUUUUCUGACUUCGGAUUCGAGCUCAGCCUAUAGAAAAGUAUACCCUGGUUUCUGUAACAAAAACCUUGUUGACCAGUGUAAUUAGCUCAUGUGAAACAACUUGGAUUAUUUAAAAUUUUGGUUUUUAAGUAUUGCUAAUUUCAUUUAGAACUCAAUAGAUAGAAUGUACUUGUCAAUUUUCUGCUACAAAAUUUCAGUGCAAGAAAAAGUCCAUUUUUCAAUGUUUUAUUUUUUUUUAAUCUUACGAAAUAAUUUUUUUUAUAAAGCCUUAGAAUGUUUAAAAUUUGUUUCUUAAAAAAAAUUUUCUUGCUCGCUAACGCUCCCAAUUUAUAUCAACCAACUUAUCACUCUUUGUACCUACAAAACUAGAGAUGCCGCUGAAUAUUCAGCCAUUUUUAAAUUCGUUUACCGUAAGCAGGGCUUUUUUAAACUUUUAACUACGAAUUCCUCUCCUAAAAAAUACUUAAAAAUGAUAUUGGCAAAUUUUUCGCUUCUACACAGUUCAAAUGACUAUUUGAUUUAGCGGGAUUUAGAAUCGACUGCAGUUACAUAUAAUUGAUACAAAGUAUUGUGAUUUCUAAAAAAAAAUUUUGUUUGGUCUGAGCUAACCCCCCCCCGAAAUGAAAUCCUAGCUACGGCUAUGUGGGUUUUGUUUUUGGUUUCCAAGAGCGUUGCUUAAAACUGUAACCAUUUUUUAUUAAAGCUGCAUCUACCCUUUUUAACUCAUCUUGGAGAUGGUUUUGGUCACAAAUAGCAUGUGCCCUGUUAAUAAGAGCAGACACAACAGAAUUGAAGUUGGCUGGAUGAUGAUGAGAUGCAGCAUGCAGAUACCUAUCAGUAUGAGUGUUCUUUCUGUACACAGUGUGUCCUAAUGUUCCAUCUUGAUUUUGAAUAACUUUAACAUCUAAGAACGCUAAAGAGCCGUGUCAUAUAUUUUUAUAUGAUUUAAAGUUUAAUUUUCGCGGUAAGUCCGGAAAAUACUUAAUUAAAAUGUGUAUAAACCGCGAAUAUGAAAGUUUAAAAUCAAAAAUCAAUUAUUUAUUUCAAGUUCUAUGCACGAACCAAAACAAAUCAAUUAUUUUAAUUAAGUAUUUUCCGGACUUACCGCGACAAUUAAACUUUAAAUCAUAUAAAAAUAUAUGACACGGCUCGACGUUUCGAUAAGGUUGCACUUAUCGUGGUCACGAGAUGACUGAUGGUUUGUGGGUGGAUGUUGUUGUUGUUUUUUAAGCUUUUUCUAUUUUAUUUUCUUCUUACACGAAGAUUGUACCGGUUGGUUUUUUGUGUUGAUGUUGUUGGUGCUUGCAGUUCCGAUGAUGGUUCUUGUUAGGACUGCAUUAAUUGUUGUUGUUGUGAGUAAGCUUCUGUGCAAGCAAAGCUAAUCACAUCAGAUGGUGCAUUGUUUUGAUUUUUGCUUUUCUGUUGUUGUUUUUUCUUUUUUAGUUCGUUGAUAAGUGGAUCCCAUGCUCCGGACAAAUUAAAACUUUGGUCUCUGUUGAAAUUGUUGCACUUUUUAAUUUCAAUUGCCUCUCGAACCAAUCUAGGCACAUAAAACCUUUCCGUUGAAAUGGAUUUUGCUUUGUCAAAUCUUAUGAAGUGAUCAGUAUUGUACGCUAAAUGUUCACAAAUGGCAGAUUUUGUUACUUCAUUCUUCUGAAUUGCUUUUAUAUGUUCAUUUAAGCGUGUCGAUAUGGAACGUUUGGUCUCUCCAAUAUAUUCCGAGCCGCAGCUACAAGGAACAGAGUAUACUCCUGGGUUUUGUAGGGGUACUUUAUCUUUUGGUGACCUUAAGAUUUGUCGUAUUUUUGCUGGUGGUUUGAAAAUCGACUUUAUCCCAUAAAUAGACAAGAUCCUUCCAAUCCCUUCAGAGACGCCUUUUCUAUAUGGAAGAAAGGCCCGUUUUUCAUUUUCAUUGUGGAUAUCUUGAGUGGGUUUUCACAGCCGUAUUUAGGGGGGGGGGGGUUUUGGGUGUUUAACCCCCCCCCGAAAUUUUUUUUUCAGAAAAUCAAAAGAUACCUAUAUUAUAAACAUAUACAAGUCUAAUAUAUGCAGCACUAAAUGAUUUGUUUUUGUAUUUUAGUGAUUUGAUUACCUAUAUGAAAAUCUCCCUUAAAAUCACUACCAAUUUUGCAUCAUUACAGAAGCUGUCGAUGAAGUUUGUAUAAAGGAAAACAAAAAUUGUUUGGUCCAUUACAAAGAGUUUUUAUCUCUUUGACCAUUUCCUUAAGCACUAUGUUAACACCUUAAAAUGCUCUUUUAAGAACCCUUUAAAUACCACAAGUACUUAUACAGGGUUUUUGGCGCCGGGACUAAAAUAUGCUUUUUCAAAGGGUUUCGGUGGCCGAACUCGAAUCCAAAGACGGACUUAUUCGAUCACAUCUCGUUUUUGAAAUAUUACCCUUAAAUCUAUUUAAAUCUUUCAGACAUCUUUUCUACUGUCCGAGAUAUCUUCAGUUGCUUAUUACCCACUUUUGUUCUAUGUUAACCUUAAAUCCAGUAUGAGAGACUGUAGUACCUACCAACGCUAGGAAAUAACCUCGAAAACUGGCAAAAAGCGGGAUUUUCGAUUUUCUAACGGGAAUAUCUCAAAAACGCGAUGUGAUAGAAUUUUUCUGAGUUCGGAUUCGGCACUGGUCAACAAGGUUUUUGUUACAGAAACCAGGGUAUACUUUUCUAUAGGCUGAGCUCGAAACCGAAAUCAGAAAAUUCGAUCACAUCACGUUUUUGAGAUAUUCCCGUUAGAAAAUCGAAAAUGCCACUUUUUACCAGUUUUCAGGGUUAUUUUUUAGCGUUUACUUAUUUUUUUUUUAAAUUGAAUUUGUAACAGUUUCUAAAAGAAUUAAGUUUUGUCUCUCUAAAUCCGUUUAAAUCUUUUAAAUAUCUAUUUUCUUCCUCGAGAAAUCAUAACUUGAAAUCAAAGUGUUUGGGGCAUCUCAUAUUUAUUUGCUUUUAAUAGCAAAUAUCGAAAAGUUCUGUACCAAUCGCUUUCAAAUUUUGACACAUUUCUUUUAGAAAAUGUUACAAAUUUAAUUUAAAAAAAAAUAAGUAAACACUAAAAAAUAACUUUGAAAACUGGUAAAAAUCGGCAUUUUGAUUUUCUAACGGGAAUAUCUCCAAAACGUGAUGUGAUAGAAUUUUUCUGACUUCGGAUUCGAGCUCAGCCUAUAGAAAAGUAUACCCUGGUUUCUGUAACAAAAACCUUGUUGACCAGUGUAAUUAGCUCAUGUGAAACAACUUGGAUUAUUUAAAAUUUUGGUUUUUAAGUAUUGCUAAUUUCAUUUAGAACUCAAUAGAUAGAAUGUACUUGUCAAUUUUCUGCUACAAAAUUUCAGUGCAAGAAAAAGUCCAUUUUUCAAUGUUUUAUUUUUUUUUAAUCUUACGAAAUAAUUUUUUUUAUAAAGCCUUAGAAUGUUUAAAAUUUGUUUCUUAAAAAAAAUUUUCUUGCUCGCUAACGCUCCCAAUUUAUAUCAACCAACUUAUCACUCUUUGUACCUACAAAACUAGAGAUGCCGCUGAAUAUUCAGCCAUUUUUAAAUUCGUUUACCGUAAGCAGGGCUUUUUUAAACUUUUAACUACGAAUUCCUCUCCUAAAAAAUACUUAAAAAUGAUAUUGGCAAAUUUUUCGCUUCUACACAGUUCAAAUGACUAUUUGAUUUAGCGGGAUUUAGAAUCGACUGCAGUUACAUAUAAUUGAUACAAAGUAUUGUGAUUUCUAAAAAAAAAUUUUGUUUGGUCUGAGCUAACCCCCCCCCGAAAUGAAAUCCUAGCUACGGCUAUGUGGGUUUUGUUUUUGGUUUCCAAGAGCGUUGCUUAAAACUGUAACCAUUUUUUAUUAAAGCUGCAUCUACCCUUUUUAACUCAUCUUGGAGAUGGUUUUGGUCACAAAUAGCAUGUGCCCUGUUAAUAAGAGCAGACACAACAGAAUUGAAGUUGGCUGGAUGAUGAUGAGAUGCAGCAUGCAGAUACCUAUCAGUAUGAGUGUUCUUUCUGUACACAGUGUGUCCUAAUGUUCCAUCUUGAUUUUGAAUAACUUUAACAUCUAAGAACGCUAAAGAGCCGUGUCAUAUAUUUUUAUAUGAUUUAAAGUUUAAUUUUCGCGGUAAGUCCGGAAAAUACUUAAUUAAAAUGUGUAUAAACCGCGAAUAUGAAAGUUUAAAAUCAAAAAUCAAUUAUUUAUUUCAAGUUCUAUGCAUGAAUAUGAUGUUAUUAUAUUUACUGAAACAUGGUUAAAUUCAACUUUUAAUUCUUCUGAGAUGUUUGAUUGUUCAUAUAAUGUGUAUUAAUCCAGUCAAAUAAGGGUUUAGCCUCGGAAUGGAUGUUAGUAGAAAUUUUUUUUGCUCAUUAUCUUCCUUUUGCCAUUCUAUAACAUAUCUCAAAAGUCUAGAAAAAUCUCAUGUCCGCUUGUCGCGAUUAUAAGGUCAAAUCGCGAAAUGGAGGUUUUCAAAAUUAGCAAAAAUAGGCUAUGGUAUUAUAUACACAUAUGAUACAUGAUUUCAAGGUAUUUUUUAAUGCUGAUUCCAAAAAAUCUAAAAUCAAGACAAUCUGACGUCUCUGGAAAAAGUUAUACCUGUUUUUCAUCUGUCAACUCAUAUUAUUAUAACAGUUGCAAACUUACUGCCGAAAAACCCUUAAAAGUUAUGGUAGAUGAACCAAAUUUUGCAUGAAGAUUUUAGAAUCCAUCAUUAUUAAAAAUCAAAACAAUCCAUUACAAAAAAUAUAUAUACCUACGAAAUAAUGGUAUUUUUUGAUGGAGGGGCAAAUUUUAGGAUAUGCACUAAAGAAGAUUCUUGUUCAUCUUAGGAAUAAGUGCUAAUAGGCUAAUUUUUUCAUUUUAAUCUUUGUUUGGAUGUUCUUUAACUACCCUCAAAAAUCAUGUCCGCAAGUCCUAAUUUUCUUGGUUUGAAAAUAAGUUGCAGAUUUAAAAAAAAAUUGAAAAACUACACUUCAGAUAUUUGUGUCAGAUCAACAUGAAUAAGGUGCAUUACUUUUCAUGGAUGGUCAGGUUGACUUGUUUGUGAGUUUUGUUGGAAUAAGUGUUAAAAAAUACCUUUAAAUUAUGUCGCUUAUGUUGGUAUACAUAUAAAAAUUUAAACUUUUCUUAUUAAUUUUUUAAAAUCUGCACCUUAUUUUCAAACCAAGAAAAUUAGGACUUGCGGACAUGAGAUUUUUUUUAGAUUUUUGAGGGUAGUUAAAGAACAUCCAAACAAAGAUUAAAAUGAAAAAAUUAGCCUAUUAGCACUUAUUCCUAAGAUGAACAAGAAUCUUCUUUAGUGCAUAUCCUAAAAUUUGCCCCUCCAUCAAAAAAUACCAUUAUUUCGUAGGUAUAUAUAUUUUUUGUAAUGGAUUGUUUUGAUUUUUAAUAAUGAUGGAUUCUAAAAUCUUCAUGCAAAAUUUGGUUCAUAUACCAUAACUUUUAAGGGUUUUUCGGCAGUAAGUUUGCAACUGUUAUAAUAAUAUGAGUUGACAGAUGAAAAACAGGAAAAAUUUUUCCCGAGACGUCAGAUUGUCUUGAUUUUAGAUUUUUUGGAAUCAGCAUUAAAAAAUACCUUGAAAUCAUGUAUCAUAUGUGUAUAUAAUACCAUAGCCUAUUUUUGCUAAUUUUGAAAAUCUCCAUUUCGCGAUUUGACCUUAUAAUCGCGACAAGCGGACAUGCGAUUUUUCUAGACUUUUGAGAUAUGUUAUAGAAUGACAAAAGGAAGAUAUUGAGCAAAAAAAAAUUCUACUAACAUUCAUUCCGAGAUUUACCCCUUUUGUCUCCUUAUUUUACUGUAUUAUAUCGUUUAGAUAGAAUAUAUAAUGAUUAUUUAAAACGAGGAGGUGGAAUUUUAGUUGCAGUAAGAUCUAUUUAUAAUAGUAAAUAUAUUUCAUUGCCUAUUAUAGAAGAUUGUAUAGAACAAAUGUGCGUAAAAGCUGAAUUUUAUAAGCAAGAAAUUUUAUUUGUAGUUAGUUAUAUACCACCAAAAAGCUCAAUUCAAAUAUAUGAUAAACAUUUUUCUAAUAUUGAACAUAUCGUAAGUAGCUAAUUUAAUCGAAAACCAAUAUCCUUUUAUUGUUGGUGAUUAUAAUUUGGGUGAUGUAACAUGGACAUACUCCCAUGAAGAUAAAUGUAUAUUUCCCUAUAAUAUGAGUAAAGAUAUUGAAUAUACAUAGUUUUAUUGAUUCCAUGCUUUCUAUGGAUGUUUUUCAAAUUAAUCAUGUGCAUAAUUCUUUAAACAGACUUCUUGAUUUAGUUUUUAUAAAUAAUAUGUUUUUUGAAGUUAUGGAAAUACCAUUUCCUAUGUUAAAUAAUUCUGUACAUCAUGUUGCUAUAUGUUGUAUUCUUAAAUUCGAAAGUUGUAUUGCAAAUUCGCUAUUUGUAUCAAAUGAAAUUAAUUUAAAUUUUUGUAAGGGAGAUUUCAUUACACUUGACAAUUACUUUCAAACAAUUGAUUGGCUGCAUGUUCUUUCUGGAUUAUCUUUGCAAAGUGCGUAUAAAAAGUUUAUUGAUGUGAUACAAAUUGGUUUUCAUGAAAAUAUUCCAAAAAGACAAAAAUGUAAAUUAUUCAAAGUUCCUUGGUCGAAUAAACGAUUAGUUAAUUUGAAAAAUGUAAAGAAUAAAGCUUUUAAAAAUUUCAGAAAAUCAAAUUCCGAGGUGGACAGAAAAUAUUUUUUUCAAAUUCGUAAGGAAUAUGAUUUUCUGAAUAAAUAUCUACAUAAGCAAUAUGUAUUGAACAUUCAAUCGCGAAUUUGUAAUGAACCUAAGGCUUUUUGGACUUUUUUGAAUAAUAAAAAAAAAUGUAGUACAUUGCAGCAAAAUAUGGAAUAUAACGGUGAGUCAUCCAACGAUUUACAAGGUUCAUGUGAGGUUUUUGCGAAAUUCUUUGAAACUACUUAUGUUGAUCAUUCAUCUUCAAAUACUAAUCAAUUUACUUGCCAUUUAGAAGGAAAUUUAAAUUUAUCGAAUUUAUAUCUAUCUGAGUACGAUAUUUUGGAUGGAUUAUCUAAACUUAAGUCAAGUUUAACUCCAGGUCCUGAUGGCAUUCCUUCGUUUGUUCUUAAAAAAUGUCAGUAUUCGUUAGCAUUUCCGUUACAGAUAAUUUUCAACCUUUCUUUAUCAACUGGAGUUUUUCUAGAUGAAUGGAAGUUCUCGUACAUUAACCCAGUUUAUAAAGCUGUGCCUACGUUCUGUAACUUAGUCGAGAACUUCUCGCAUCGAAAAAUUGUGAAACAAAAAUUCCUAACGUUUCUCUAUUUGGAAAAAUAACCUGUGUCUGUAUCUCGAUGUGAGAAGCAACCCUAUAAAUUUUUUAUUCAAUUGAAAUUAUUGGAAACUGUCAAAAAAAGGGAAAAUAUUUGUACCUUUGGCCAUCAAAGGUCAUAUACAUAGUUUUACAAAAAAAUAUCUCAAGGCUCGGUAGUCCGAAGGUAGGGCAGUCGGUCAGCGAGUGGAAGGUACCGAGUUCAAGUCACGGUUAGGGCAUCAAAUUUUUUCUUUUUUUUUUCUUUAAUAUUCUUUUUUUUUAUUUUAAAAAUUUAAUUGAUACAAAAAUAAAUAACCGUGAACACUUUUUCAGAACUAACAUCUCACAUUUAAUACAAGAAUAUCAAUUUUUUUCAAAUAUCUUACUUUCUCGCAUCCUUUUUGCUUGUGAGUAAUUUUUACAGUUCAAUCGAGAAAUUAUUUCGAUAAUUUUCUUACAGACACAGUUUUAUUCACAUUUUUCCAGUCUUUCAAACAUUUUUAUUCCGAAAUGUUUCAAGUCGAGAAAAUUUUGUUUAUAGAAACAAGCGAAUGUGAGAAAAUGAUUUUUGUGUCGAUUCACAUUAUUUUUGUUCUGAUUUGCGUGUUUCAUGCGAGAAAUUUCUCGAUGCGAGAGUUACAGAACGUAGGCACUGGCAAAAAGAAUUUGGUAGAAAAUUAUAGAGCGAUUUCUAAAAUAUCUGCAAUUCCAAAGCUGUUUGAACUAAUUGUUAGAGAUAAUUUAUAUUUUAACAUCAAAGAAUAUAUUUGUGAUGAACAACAUGGAUUUAUGCCUGGAAGGUCUACUGUAACUAAUCUUAUGCUUUAUAGUAAAUUUGUUACAGAUGCUUUUGAGUCAAAAUAUCAGGUUGACACUAUCUAUACUGAUUUUAUUAAAGCGUUUGAUAGUAUAUGUCAGUCAAUUUUGAUAGUAAAACUAGAAUCUAUCGGUAUAAAUGGCAUGAUUUUGAGGUGGCUACGUAGCUAUCUUAAUGAUAGAAAACAAUGUGUUCAAAUUGGUAAUACUACUUCUAAGAUGAUUAAAGUUCUUUGGGGUGUACCACAAGGUAGUCACCUAGGUCCGCUUCUUUUUAAUAUAUAUGUAAAUGAAAUUCCAUUUUUACUUAAAAAUGCAUCCUGCUUAGUCUAUGCAGAUGAUAUCAAGCUAUAUAUGUGUAUUAAAAAUGCAGCUGAUUCCUAUAAUCUUCAAAGUGAUUUAAAUACACUUGCUAUUUGGUGCAAGCAAAAUUUACUACCGCUCAAUAUAAAAAAAUGUAAUGUUUUCACAGCUCAUCGUAUUUUGGCCCCAAUGUUGCACAACUACCAUAUUUUCAAUGAGAUUCUUGAUCGCAAGUCUGAGAUUCGCGAUCUUGGAGUCAUUUUUGAUUCAAAGUUGACAUUUUCAUUACACUAUGAUUUUAUUAUUGCAAAGGCCAACUCUAUGCUUGGUUUCGUAAAGAGAAACUGCAAUGAGUUUACAAACCCUUAUGCUUUAAAAUCAGUUUAUAUGUCUUUAGUUCGUCCAAUUCUAGAGUACUGUUCAAUUGUUUGGUGUCCUUCGACUUUGAUUGGUAUCAAUCGGAUCGAAAGAGUUCAAAAAGCAUUCACUAGAUUUGUAGUUAAGCAAUUAAAAUGGAGAAUUGAUACUCCUUCUUACAAUUCAAGAUGUUCCUUAAUUGGCUUGGAUUAUCUAGAAAAAAGACGUUCUGUUCAAUGCUUGUUGUUUGUUCAUGAUGUUUUUUCUUAUCGAAUAUAAAGUUUGAAUAUUUUGCAAAUUUUUGAAAUAUAUAUUCCAGAAAGAAGAAUGCUUCAACGUGAUUUUCUUAAUAUCCCUAGACAUUUAACUAUAUUUAACCUAGAUUUAACUAUGGUUGUAAUGAAUCUUUCACUAGAUGCAUUAAGCUUUAUAAUAACUACUGUAAUGAAAUAGACUUGGCAAUGAAUAGAAAUGAUUAUAAAGCAAAAAUAUUGUAUUUAUUGAAUUAAUUAAGCUUUUAAUGAAAUUUGUAAGUAGUCUGUAAGAUUUAUAAAUCCGUAGAUGAAUAAAGAAUAAAUAAACACCCUGUAAAACAAUUUUCUUGAAAUUCAUUGGUGUACCAGCCCUGGAAAUUUCCUUCAAAUUAAAAAAAAAAUGUACCGCUAACUCAAUCCGUUCAAAAGUUAUGAUUUUUGCAACGAGAUAAGUCAUUUUGGACAACCGUGCGUUGACUACAGCGAAAUUUUCUUCCCUGUGGUGAGGUAUUCGUCGAUUCGAGCGAUUUUAGAGUUGGCAGCAGAGUACAAGUUGAUUGUACAUCAAAAGGAUGUGUCGUCAGAGAAGUACAUGUAUCAGUCCGAGUGCUUUCCAGAUUGAGAAAGGCAUUAUACGGCUUGAAGCAGUCGGAAAGGAAUUGGAAUGAGAAGUUGAAUUAUUUUUUGAAAAGCCUUGUAUUAGUUAGAUGUCAUGGAAGAUAUAAAAUACGAAAUUUGAUGUAGAUUUGAGGUUGUUGAAAAAGGACCGAUAGAUCAUUUCCUUGGAAUGGAAAUAACAAAAUGUCCGAAUGGAAUACAAAUCUGGCAACAACAGCUGAUUCAAAAUCUACUUAAUGAUUUUGGAAUGGAGGAAUGCCGAAGCUGCACAACUCAUUUAAGUUCGCAAGUUCGCGACCAGAUAUAACGCAUUCCGUCAAUAAACUAGCGCAACAUGGAACACAUGAAUGCUGACAAUCACAUAUAUUAAGGUACCUAAAUUCAACCCUUAAUUUUAAACUUAAUUAUUUUCAGAAUGGUGAAAAAUUGAAGGCCUUCGUAGAUGUUGACUGGGGUGAAUAUACUUUGGACUGAAAGUCAUACACUGGUUUCGCCUUUUUCCUCGCUGGCGGGUGCCGCUAUUACAUGGGGAAGUAAAAAGUGGAUUUCCAUCGCUAUGAGUACUACAGAGGCCGAAUAUGUUACCCUCUCAACAGCAUCAAAGGAAGUUUUGUACCUCCGUCGUUUUCUGGAGGAACUUGGCUUUAACCAGCUGGUUGACAAACCCAAAGCACAAUUUGGUGACAACAUCAGCGCCCAAAAAUUGGUGAAAAAUCCCGUGUUUCAUAACAGGACGAAGCACAUCGACAUUCAGACGCACUACAUUCGUGAAGUUUACGAAAAGGGAAUGCUUGAACUGAAAUUUGUGCCAACCUUUAAAGAAGGUCAAACAUCAAGAGUGAACUCAUAUGCUAGGAUUAAAGGGAAUUUCUUCCAAAAGUUUUUUUUUUUUUGGUUGACAUAUUUGAUUCAAUUUUCUUUUACUGUGAAAUAAAGCAUAAAAACUGAGAACCGGUUUUCCAGGACCGGUUUAAAACCGGCCGGUUUAACUGAAAGGAAAAAAACCGGUUUUAGUACUACAACCGCCAUCCCUACUUUUGUGUAGGCCAACCUGACACGACAGUCUAAACCUACGAGCUUACUUCGCAAUUUUAGUUGGUUGAAUGCGACCGAAUUUAUAUGUGUAUGAUAUGAGCUAUGAAACUUUCGAAUUUCCUUUUAUCGAUGUUCGAACUUUCACUGAACUCUUUUGUUCUGUUCGAAGUAAUUUUUUUUUUUUGUGUAAAAGCAACUCCAUUUCCUAGAAUCUUUCUUUUAAUAUCCAGCUCUCGAUCGUAACACAUCAAAAGGUAAUUUUGAUAUAUAUAAAUUAAAUCUGAGUUCAUCUUAAAUAUAGUUCUAUCGUGGAAUUUCUUAUACUCUACAAUAGCAUCAAGUAUAAUCGAUCUCUAUCGAGCCAUUUUUAUUUUGAAGUGCUAAUCAAAAUUUCAUUCAUAAAUUUGAUUGAAAAGAAAGUAAGUUUCUCGAAAGAAAUCUAUCGCCUUUUUAUGCAAUAAUUAAUCAAAAACCUUUUUCGAUUUAUUAAGGUUGAACAACGUGCUCGUUUGAUCACAAUAUUCUACGAACCAAAUCUGUAGUGAUCUCAUACUGUGUUCGACGAGAGUUGCAGGACCUAACCUAAAACCAAAUUAAAACCCAAUCGAUCGCUAGCAAUCGCAUUUGCUAGUAGAGUUCUAAAAAGAUCUCUGUGCUACAAAUCGCGCAUUCCACUUGCUAGUGAAUCGUCCCAAACCACAGACUUGCUGGACCAAUUUGAUAACUUCAAUUUGAAUUGAAUUUAAUGUCAACGUCGAGGUUAGAACGUGAUCGUGACCAAAGUAAAGUUUCUAGCUGUAAUCAGAGAUCAUUGAUCAUUGCUUUGCAAAAAGCUUUGAUACCCUUCCGUCUUAUCAGUGCUUACCUAAUCACUUUAUCACAGUAAAAUCCUGAUAACUGAGUGCAAAAGCCUGAACAUUCAUACAGGUAUCAAGCUAUCCCGCAUCUCUGGUUGAAGCCUUCGUUUCACGAGUCACGUGCCAUUUGUCUCAAAAAUCAUCAAAAUUAACCUAGAAACAACAACACAGCAUUACCCCGUACCAACUUUACUCUACAUCAGUCAAAAAGCUUUCCUCAAGCGAAAGCCUACAUCAAUUAAAAAUUUAUAACAAUCAAACAAAAAUAAUCAAGAAGCUACCAACGUCAUCAUCUGCAUCAUACUCCAGUCAAAGCGUCAUUUGACCUUGCGAUGAGAGGCACUGUCUGUUUUUAUUUCAUGGAUCGAUGGAGGUAUAUUUAAAAGGCUUAAACCCAAUUUCUCACCACCUGAUCAUUCUUUUUAGCGGAGUUAUUCACAUAAAUGCAUUUUUUGGGAUAUUUUACUUCUAAGCUAAUAUCUUUGCUCCAGAUUAUCGUAGACCAAAAAAUAAACAUACAUUCUCUUCCUUAUAAUAUUUUCUAUCGUUGUAUGUAAUUUCAUUGUAUUUGAGUGAGUAAAUAUAAAAUGGCAGCCAUUUAAAGUCAAAUUCCUGUUGUUAAAAAACACAUUUUUGUCAUUAUUUCCAAAAAAGCUUAUAUCAUGAUUGACAUUUUUCUAACCUAUUUUGUAGCCCUGUUCAUAUCCUGCAUUUUACAGAAAAAAUGAGCUCUUUAUCACCAAAGAUGGCCGAGCUAUUGAUAAAUGAACGCAUGCAAAACCGGUGCGAAAACACCCAAAAAUAUCGUUUUUUGGGAAUAACUCGACUUCAGAAUGUCCUACGGCAAAAAAUAAAGCAAUGAAUUGUUCGUUACAACAUUUUCUAUCAAUUUAGUGCACAAUCUUUUUGUUGAAACAAAUAAAAAAUAAGUAAUAUUAAGUCAAAGUCGUUUUUUUGUUUAGCAAACUCUUGCCUUAUUAUUUUGCAAACGGUGCGAGUAUUUGCUAAGAAAAUAAAAUAUUAUUGUAGUCCUUUAAAUUAUCUACAAUUCAAAAAAAAAAUUAGCUUUCUACGACUCACGGGAGCCGAGCUGUUAUAAUUUUAAGAAAGCAUUAAUCCGUACGAAAAUUCAAAAAAAUUUCCCUUGUUUAUGAUUCGAAUACUAUUUCUCAGUGAGAGGGGUUGUUUUCAUUGUUUGUUGUUAUAAGAGAAUUUGUCUUAUGUUUUUUCGUUGGUCAUUUGGACCUUUUUUAAAAAAUUAAUUACUCGGCUCGUGUGGGUCGUAGAGAGCUAAUUUUUUUUUUGAAUUGUAGAUAAUUUGAAUGACUACAAUAAUAUUUUAUUUUCUUAGCCAAUACUCGCACCGUUUGCAAAAUAAUAAGGCAAGAGUUUGCUAAACAAAAAAAACGACUUUGACUUAAUAUUACUUAUUUUUUAUUUGUUUCAACAAAAAGAUUGUGCACUAAAUUGAUAGAAAAUGUUGUAACGAACAAUUCAUUGCUUUAUUUUUUGCCGUAGGACAUUCUGAAGUCGAGUUAUUCCCAAAAAACGAUAUUUUUGGGUGUUUUCGCACCGGUUUUGCAUGCGUUCAUUUAUCAAUAGCUCGGCCAUCUUUGGUGAUAAAGAGCUCAUUUUUUCUGUAAAAUGCAGGAUAUGAACAGGGCUACAAAAUAGGUUAGAAAAAUGUCAAUCAUGAUAUAAGCUUUUUUGGAAAUAAUGACAAAAAUGUGUUUUUUAACAACAGGAAUUUGACUUUAAAUGGCUGCCAUUUUAUAUUUACUCACUCAAAUACAAUGAAAUUACAUACAACGAUAGAAAAUAUUAUAAGGAAGAGAAUGUAUGUUUAUUUUUUGGUCUACGAUAAUCUGGAGCAAAGAUAUUAGCUUAGAAGUAAAAUAUCCCAAAAAAUGCAUUUUUGUGAAUAACUCCGCUAAAAAGAAUGAUCAGGUGGUGAGAAAUUGGGUUUAAGCCUUUUAAAUAUACCCCCAUCGAUCCAUGAAAUAAAAACAGACAGUGCCUCUCAUCGCAAGGUGAGGCCCUUUUUUCCGACGCUUUGACUGGAGUAUCAUUCUAAUUAUAAUUUCUGUGAUUAAAUUACUUUAAAACUUUAAUUCAUUACUUAGUUCAAAAAAAAAAAUAUGUAAAAAAAAGAGUUAUAUACAAAAAAAAACAAAAAUACAAAAACAAAACUCAAUUCGCGUGUCUCAUCAGCUAAGUGUAAAGUAGCAAAAGCAUAAAAACAAAUCAUUACAUAUAAUUUCGUUCAACUUGACAUGAUCUUUAACCCCAAGUAUUAGAAAAUAAUUAAGCUGCAGAAAUCGCCGCUUCAACGACAACUUUAAUGCUGCUGUGCACAACACCAUUAGGAAGUCGGUAAGUCCUUUUUGAAUUUUUAUAUCUAUGACAAAUUGAACGAAUCAAAAUAUUAGAUAAAUGAGAUAAAAAAAAGUUAAAAAGAGGGAAAUUUCAUUAACCUCAUUAUUUUUUAUCAAAUUUUGAGUGCUUAUUAUUUUGUGAGUUUAAGUGAAAACAAUAUAUUGAGUCGAAAUACGUUUUAAUGAAUUUUAUCGACAGAAUUUAAUCUUUCGUUGUGUUCUCUUUUAAUUUAAAUCCUCGAUCGUAGUUCCACUCAGGGUAUUUUAUUCUCAUUCUAACUCAAACACCUUUCAUUAAGCUUAUUAUGCUUUUACAUGUCAAUCAUGAUCGUUGCUAAAAACAAAAACUGAAUUUUAAUUGAAUUUAUUUUUAUAUUUUAUAUUAUUAUGAUGAGUAGGUACACAUUUUGUUUUAUAUAUUGAUUUAAAUUUAUGAAAUUUAAUAAAUUAUAAUUAAGAUUCUCAAUGAAGUCUGCAAAUGAAAUCAUAGUUGUUAUUUUUGGUUGAUGAUUUUUUGUGAAUGAUGGAGUAAGUUUUUUAGUACGAAGGAUUAGUGAUGCUACAUACGAACGAUGAAAGUGAGAUAACUGUUUUUUAGAAAUUUGUUAUCUGUUGAUAAGGGGUUAUAGAGAGAGUAAUUAUUUUGAUUUCUUUUAGAAAGAAAAUAAAGCAGAGGGAGGGAUACACUCUGGAUCCCCGAAUUACACCUAGGGGGUUCAACAACAAAAAUCCAUAUCAGUUUUAUGUUUCAUUUUUUGUUUGUGUUUUCAAGUUAAAGGUUCUUUUGGUAUAAAUUCGGCAUGAAUUUAAAUGUGCGGUAGUUUAGCGGCAGGUACAAGUACCCACCCCACCGUCGAGCUGGCCAAUGGUCUAAACAAGCAUGCCGAGCCGUGCCUUGCUGGCUGAACAGCUUAUUGAACGUCCCGUAGAUUGACUCAGGGAAUCCUGUGGUCCUGGGGUUGCUAUGGUAUAGUGCGUCAUCGACUCGCGUUUAAUAAGAACAACUAAAUCCGCUACACAGGUGGCGCCCAAAGUGUGGGCUUCGAAGUUUCUGAUUUUUUUUUUUUUUACCAUCAAUUUUGUUUAUGGCACAUGCCUUAAACAAAAUUUGUUUGAAUUCUACAAACACUUCUGCUGACGUCCAAAAAGCUUCGGUCUUGUGAUCAUAUUUUCGCGUAGCGUUUGCUUUAGAGUGUGUUUUAUCAACUAUUAGUUAAUAGGUCAAUGACCGGGGGAUCACGUACGUAAUACGACCUCUUCGUCUGUUGCAUUGAUUUUAUUGAGUAAUUGAAGAUGUUUUGGCUUAUGUUAGGAAAAAUUAAGGUCGGCCUCUAGAUUCGAGUUCCAUGAAACUUUUCUCGUCAGUUGCGUUCAAGAUGUUUUACUUUCAUCAUACAUGUACUUGUACAUAGAAUUACAUUAAGCUUUACAGACAAGUCCCCAAACUUCAAAUUAAUUAAAUCCUUUUUCUUACAUAAUUAAAUGUGUAUGUUUAUUAGAUUUGCUUAGAAUCAAACGGCCCUAGAAUAGGAGGUAAUCAUUUAUCAUUUUCUUAGUUGCGUGAUAGAUUCUAUAGAAAAUAUCUUAAGCUAUUUAAAAAAAAAAAAAAUUAAACUGAUUUUGGUAAUUUUUGUGUUUAUUU